AUGGAUCGCGACACAUUUGGCGACGCCAAGCCGCGUGCUUCCACCGAUUUUGCGCACCCGCUGAUUGAUCUCGGCUUCGAUUCGCCAAGGUUCGAGCCCCUGCCCGUUCAAUCAGAAUCCCAGGUCGCGCGGCCGAAGGCAGUAACGCGGAGCAGGUUUGCGCCCGCAGGAGACGCUGGCGACGUUGCUGCAUUUUCCAACCACGGCAGGCAUUAUGAGUACGCGGACCGCGAGGCUUCCAUGCGAGGCACCACCCAGACGAGGCCGGCCAUGCGAGGCCCGGAUAUCUAUGAAUGCCACUCGGAUUCCGACGGGAGCGUCGAGGAGCGAGUGAUGAGGGAUUUGACAUGCAUCAUGGGGAACAGCUACUACUCGUCAGUACCAUUUUCGGCAUCGGGCGCGAAGCCAUCCGACCCUUUCGCGACCAACUACGCGACGGUAAAAGCGCCUAGUGAGGCCCCCGCGGGUCCCUUCCAAGCGGCCGCAAUGAGUGAGGGGGCACCCGUGUUCUUCUCGGAUGGGGAGCCGUGCGGCGCGACCAUGCAAGAGGCGAUUUUCCACCUCGAGAAGGCUGAGGGCAACCACAACAUCCGAGAUACCGCCAAGCGCACGGAGGACCGAGGCCAGCAGCUGCGCGCGCCCCUCAUCAUGAACACGCGCCGCCCCGAAGACAACACCAUCAGCAAAGAUCCCAUCAUUUCCGGGCUGUUUUCACUGCGCAAACCGCGCGACGCCGGUGCGGGCAUCGUUUCCGGGCUGAAGAGCGUCACCAAGGGUGUCGCGCUCGGGGCCGCCAGCCUGGUGGUAUGCCCGGUGGUCGGCGGCCACUCGAGCGGCUUCGGCGGCUUCGUGAAGGGCAUCGGCGCCGGCAUGCUGGGCGCAGUGGCGCUGCCGGUGACUGGCGUCGGCAUCGCCGGCUACCAGAUCGGCAGGGGGAUCUACAACACGCCCAACGCCAUCUGCCAGCGCGUCAACGGCAAGAAGUGGAACAAGCAGCACUGCGAGUGGCGGGACAACUGGUACUCCCUCGAGGAGGAGGUGAAGGAGGUGAUGAACGCCAUCGAGCGGCAGCGCGAGGCGGUGCAGCAGCAGCAGGCGGACGUGGACGUGUCGCAGCGCUACAACAAGCGCAACGUCGCCGUGGCCGAGACCGACUUCUACGACGUCCUCGGCGUUCCGCCCACCGCCACGCAGGCCGAGAUCAAGCGGCAGUACUACAAGCUGGCCAAGCAGAUGCACCCCGACAAGACGCGGGACGCGGAGUCCACCGAGCAGUUCAAGAAGCUGGGCGAGGCGUACCAGGUGCUCGGCGACGAGCAGCGCCGGGCGCUGUACGACCAGCACGGGAAGCUGGCGUGCCACGACAUGCCCAUCCUCGACAGCGCGCUAUUCUUCAUGAUGCUGUUCGGCUCGGAGAGCUUCGAGCCGUACGUCGGCAAGAUGCGCAUGGCCCUUUUCAUGGAGCUCGAGCUGGGCAACCGCGGCUGCACGCCCACCGCCAACGACUUCGAGGUGGCCCAGUGGGACCGCGAGGUCAGGCUGGCGCUGAACCUGCGCGACAACGUGCGCUCGUACGUGUGCGGCAACCUGGAGACGUGGUACGGCGAGGUCCUCGAGAAGGCGAGGAGCCUCUGCACCAACUCCUUCUCCGUGGAGCUCGUGCACACCAUCGGCUGGACCUACAACAACGUCGCGAAGCGCUACAUCGGCAAGUGGGACACCUUCAUGGGCAUCGGCGGCAAGGUGGCGAAGGUGCAGGAGCAGUCGAAGGCGCUCGGCAAGACCAUCAAGGCGCUCACCUCCAUGGUCAAGACCGCCGUCGCGGAGCGCAGCGUGAGCCGCAGUGCGCGCAACGGGGAGGACGAGAACCUGCUCAACGAGGACUACAUGAAGGAGGUCUUCGAGAACGCCUUGCCCAACAUCCUGGACACCAUGCUCAACAUCUGCCUGAUGGACGUGCAGUCCACCGUGAAGAAGGCGUGCAAGCGCAUACUGAGGGACAUGGUGGUCGACAAGCAGUGGCGCCGCAAGCGCGCCGAGGGGCUGGGUCUCAUGGGCCGCGCGUUCAUGCUCGCAGCCCAGGACGCCCGCCAGCGCCUCGCCGCCGAGAGGAAGCCGCUCAGCAUGUACGAAAUGUUCGCCCAGGCAGCGGCGAAAAUGCAGCAGAACAGGGAAAAGAGCCCGAAUUCGGCCAUGUACCGCACCGACGACGGUUUUUUUUAA